CCCCUCCCCGGUCGCCAUUUGGUUCCCACCUGUCCCCAGAGCCCGGUGCCCAGCAGGACCCCCAUCAAGUGGGCAGCUUCCUCCGGAAUCUCCCUCCAGCCCGUAUCUUCCCGGGAGGACCCCCUCCUCCUUCUCGAUUACGCCCCUCUUGGACCACCCCCUUUCCACCUCCCCGGUCUCUGUGGUUGAGGUGUCCUCUUCCAGCCUCUUUUCUGACUUUCUCCUCCCCUUGACCCCUUCCCUUCCCCACCCCCCACACGCCCUGGGGAGAAGGGGUGUGUCACGCUGCUUUCUAUUUAUGUUCCGCCUGGGGAGAGGGUGCGAGGAUUUUUUUUAUCAUCUGCUGGGCCCGGAGUCACGAGGCGUCGUGCCUGUGGUUCGGUAUUGGUGCCUCCUCCCGCUCUCCUCUCAUCCCCUCCGGGCCCCGCAUCUCCCUGACCGCCUUUGUCUCCUUUCCGCCUCCGUUCCUGUCCUUUUCGCUCUCAUCUUUGGAGCUUUGUGUAGCUGCUGUCUUUGUCUCCGCCUCUCCUCUCCGCGUCUCUGCUCCCUUCCCACCCUCGCCUCCCUCCUCCAGUUCCGAGAAGCCUUGACCCCAAGGGCAUCAAUAUUUCAGGGUAAUGAAGCUGGAAGCGAUAGCCACCUCUGAGAUCCCUAAACCUGAGAUGGACGCUGGGCCAGAUGAAAGUUGGCCACAGGAGGCGGAGGCCAAGCCCAGGACCGAAUCUGGGCCCGAGGCCGAGGCAGAGCCGUUGGACUUCGUGGUGGCCACGGAACAGGAGUUUGAGGAAGUGCUGGCCAUCUCGGGGGGCAUCUACGGGGGCCUCGACUACCUUCCCAGCCGCUACCACAGCUGGCUUCGGGAUCCCAACCGCACGGUGGUGCUGGCCAAGCGCAACGGAGGAGUGAUCGCGCUGGAAUCGGUGAACGUGAUCGACGCCGGGGAGACAGCGCUGGUGGAGGGGCUACGCGUGGCGCCCUGGGAGCGCGGCAAGGGCGUGGCGCGGCUGCUGCAGCGCUUCUGCUCGCAGCUGGUCAAGCAACAACACCCGGGGGUCAAGGUGGCACGGCUCACCCGGGACGAUCAGCUGGGUCCCCGGGAGCUGAAGAAAUAUCGCUUAAUCACUAAGCAGGGCAUCCUUUUGGUCCGAUUCAACGCAACGGCGCUACUGGCCGGGCUGGGCGCCCGGCUGGCUGCACUGCAGAAAUCCGGCACCUUCUCGCUGCUGCCCACCGAGGCCGUGAAUGAGGCGGGCGGCGACGUGGAACGCCUCCUGCUGUCGCCUUCUGUGCAGCGAGAUGUGCUUCCGGGAGGGACCAUCAUCCAGGACUGGCAGCCCUACCGGCCAAGUGAGAGCAACCUGCGUCUGCUGGCGGCUAAGGGCCUAGAGUGGCGCGUGGACAGCCGCACGCACCCGCGCGUGCUCACGCUGUGCACGCGCCCCUUUCCUAUCCCGCACGGAGGCGAUGGCACUUGGCGCUACCUCAACAUCGACGCCUUCGGCAGCGACGGCGCGCAGGUGCAAAGUCAGCUGCUGUGGCACCUGCAGCGCCAGGCCCCGCGCCUCGCUGGCCUCAACGUCAUGUGUCAGCUCUUCCUGGCGCCUCAGUUGUGGUCACAGUUGGCUGACUUCUGCCAGGCCGGCCUGGGUCUUGAGUUGGUCAAGGGUUAUACCGAACAGUACCUGCUGGAGGUCGACAUCUGAGGGCUCUCCUUCCAGAGGGAGAGACAAGCAGAGCACUUUAGAACCGGUUCCCUUCCACAGGACCUUCCCCUCCACACACAUAUCCCCAGUUCUGUUCUUACCAAACCCAUCCCCUCCAAAGUGUGCUCUGACUCCUACCUUUACCCACUAGAGUCCUCCGUCUUCUCUUUUCCCUGUCUGCCACCUUGCCUCUGGAACCCCUGAACACCAUAACCUAGGUCCUUACCUGAACCACUGAAUUUGGGGAAACCCUUUGCGCUAUUACCCACGCUCUCCCUUUCCAAAUAACUGGUCCCUCUACAGGCUCCAGAGCCUGUCCAUUGCCCUGAUCUGGGAGCAAACUCCUUUCUACUUCUCCAAGAGAAGGGGCGUAAGUGUGUGCAAUGCCCAACCCCCCUUACCCAGAGCACAAGUCUUAAUCCGUGUUACUUUUCUUCCUCCACCCUUUCCAAACCCUCACCUCACAGCCUCCUUAGCAUCCAUGCCUCUUAAACAGUCUCCUUUCCCUCACCGCUGUCUAUUCCCCAUCCACCUCCUCCCUGGACCUCUCAGAUACUUAGUUCCUCAAUGCCCAUUUCUCUGCUCUCCCCUCCCCCCUUCCUGUGACCACCCCAUCACCAGCCCUGUGUGCAAUAUGGAGAGAGACCCUGUACAUGAAUAUAUUUUUAGUGUUUCCCCACUAGGCCCCCUGUUUAUCUCUGCAAUGCACUUUCCUGAGCCUGCCUCUCUGGACUAGUUUUCUCCAACUUUGCACACUGUCCCUAUUUCACAGGGCCUACCCCUAUACCCCCAACUCAUGAGGGGUUUCUGACUAGAGAGUUUGGUACAGUGGAGGGCAGGUCCCUCAGCCUGGCAUAGGAGCUAUCUUCUGGUUCUAACCAGGCUGCCUUCUAGUAUGACUGGAAGCCCCACCUCCCAGUAUUUCUGGACAUCACUCCCUUCCUCUGGAUCAGUUAUGCUUUUCUGAUUUUGAGAGUCUUCUAUUGAAAUGCAAGUAGUAACAGCUGCAUUUGUACUGCACUAUCUCCCAAACUGGAUCCCCACAUCAACUGCAAAGGGAAGAAACUGCUCAGGAAGAUCAGAAUGACUUCUAAGCCACUCAUAGUCACUGGGAGCCUCCCAGGGAUUAGAAACCAGGUGUCCCAAGCCCAGAGCAUGCUCCAGAACCUCACUCUGUAGUGAUGUGAGUUUGACCUUAGACAACAGUCAGUUGCUAAGGAAGUACUGACUGAACUUCACUGGGGUAGAAUGCAAGGAGUGAGCAGAGGAGGGUGUUAGGAGGUGGGCGAAAGGGUUGGCCACUGCUUCACUACUGUCCCCAGUUCCAGUUUUGCUGCUGUGCUGCUCUGCCUUGGUUGCCUGCUGCACCUGGCCAUGCUGCCACCUUCCUUGUCAUUUUGACCAUGGCUGUACGACAAUAAAAUGAACAUUUUGCCCA